UUUAUUUUCUCUCCCACCCCUCCCCCCAACGAAACAACGGCGCGGAAAACCCCUUCUCUCUCUGUCUCGCUCUGGAAUUCUGCUAAGCGUAUUAUUUUUGGGUUCGUCUGGGAAUUUGGAAACGAGGAGAGAGAGGCGCAGGAGGGAAAGUUGAGGAUGGAGAAUAUGAAAGGGUCAUAAUAGUAGAAUUUACUUUUCUUUUAUUGCCAUAAACAGGUAGCUGAAGAUUAGCAAAGAAAAGGAAGUAAAAAAUAAAGAGAAAAAAAAAAAUAAAGUCCCUUUCGGUUUUGGCUUUUGUACGUGCUUCAGCUAGUAGUGAAGGACCUGCGGCUUACGCGGCCUGGGCCGGCCGGUUACUUGGUUGUGGGAUUGCCGGGUUUGAUAGGCGUAUUGGGAUUUGUUUGUGUGCUUCUUUCACGUUUUAAUCCAAUGGAGGAAGAGGAGGCGGUAGUGGGCGCGCUGGCGGGGGAGGGGGAUUUCUGACAUGGACGGUGUGGAUUUUGUCCUCUCUUCUUGAUGAAGAGAGAGCAGAAAAGGAUUGGAUUAAUGGGCUGCAGUGUCUAAAGCCUCUGCAUGUGGUGGUGAAGGAGGAUAAAGAUCCGAAGCUGCGCUUGAUUGCAAAAUCCGUAGUUGUGGGUGUGGCUCUUCAGGUCUGUGGCUUGGCUUCUUCUUUUGGUAUAUUAUUUCGGUUGAGCAAAAUGUCGUCAUCUUCAUCACUGUGGUAUUCAGAAAUUUACUAUAGUAUCAAAAAGUUAUAUUUGACUGAUUAAGGACAUAUUUUGGAGAAGGAGAGUUAAGGAAAUGAGUAUUGACGGUUGGAAUCUUGAGGUUAUAGUUGAAGACAUUUCUGUUACAGAGAAUUAGUCUGUACUGGGGGGUUUGGACGAUUCAAACUUUAUUGUUAAAUGGACUGAAGAAGCAGUCUUUGGAUGCAAUGUUAAAGGCAUUGGCAUCUGGGCUGUUGCUUUUACUGAUUUUUUUAUCGGUAUCUGCGGCUGAUAAUGAAUUUCCCCGAUGUAAUUGCGAAGAUGAGGGUAGCUUGUGGAGUUUUGACAGCAUUCUACAGUGCCAGAAAGUGAGUGAUUUCUUAAUUGCUGUGGCCUACUUCUCGAUCCCCAUCGAGCUACUUUACUUUGUCAGCUGCUCGAACGUCCCUUUCAAAUGGGUUCUCUUUCAAUUCAUUGCCUUCAUCGUUCUGUGUGGGUUGACCCAUUUGCUCAAUGGCUGGACUUAUAGCCCACACCCAUUUCAGCUAAUGCUGGCUCUCACUGUCUUCAAGAUUCUCACUGCUUUGGUCUCAUGUGCCACUGCUAUAACACUCAUCACUCUCAUCCCUUUACUUCUCAAAGUGAAGGUGAGGGAAUUCAUGUUGAAAAAGAAGACUUGGGAUCUAGGACGAGAGGUUGGAAUAAUAAUGAAACAGAAAGAAGCUGGAUUGCACGUUCGGAUGCUUACUCAAGAGAUUCGGAAAUCGCUUAAUAGGCAUAUGAUUCUGUACACAACUCUUGUGGAGCUUUCUGAAACUUUGGGUUUGCAGAAUUGUGCAGUUUGGAUGCCUAAUGAGGGUAAAACACAGAUGAACCUGACACAUGAAGCUUAUGGGAGGAACUCUUCAGAUACCUAUAAUUCUUCUAUAUCAACUAAUGAUCCAGAUGUUGCAAGGAUCAAGGGGAGUGAUGAAGUGAAUAUCCUUAGUCCUGAGUCAGCACUUGCUGCUGCAAGCAGUGGAGAGUCAGGUGAACCAGGACCCGUGGCUGCAAUUCGAAUGCCAAUGCUUCGGGUUUCCAAUUUUAAAGGGGGAACUCCUGAGAUGAGACAGGCUUGUUAUGCAAUAUUGGUUUUGGUUCUUCCAAGUGGACAACCUAGAUCUUGGAACAGCCAGGAAAUUGAGAUUAUUAAAGUUGUUGCUGAUCAGGUUGCCGUGGCUCUUUCCCAUGCUGCACUCCUUGAAGAGUCCCAGCUCAUGAGAGACAAAUUGGUAGAUCGAAAUCGAGAAUUGCAACAGGAAAAGAUGAAUGCUAUGAUGGCAAGCCAGGCAAGAAAUUCCUUUCAAAAGGUAAUGAGUGACGGGAUGAGGAGGCCAAUGCACUCAAUUUUGGGUUUGCUUUCAAUGUUGCGGGAUGAGAAUAUGAGCAACGAGCAGCGAACUAUUGUAGACACAAUGGUGAGGACCGGCAGUGUUCUAUCAACCUUGAUAAAUGAUGCAAUGGACAAUUCUAGGAAAGAUAGUGGAAGAUUUCCAAUAGAGAUGAGAUCAUUUCACUUACACUCCAUGAUAAGAGAAGCAGCUUGCCUCGCAAAGUGCUUGUGUGUCUAUAAGGGCUUUGGCUUUGCAGUUGAGGUUGAGAGGUCACUGCCUGAUCAUGUAACGGGUGAUGAAAGAAGGGUUUUCCAGGUGAUUUUGCAUAUGGUUGGGAACCUGUUGGAUGGCAACAAUGGAGGGGGAUUUGUGAUACUCCGGGUUUUCUCUGAGUCUCGAAGCCAGGGAAGGAAUGAUCAGAGAUGGUCAACCUGGAGACAUAGCUCCUCUGAUGCGGAUUUAUAUAUUAGACUUGAGAUUGCAAUAGAAAAUAGCAGUUCUCAGUCGGAGGGUUCAGUUUCAAUUGCACAGCCUGGCGGUGGGAGGUACACCAGUGAUGGUCUUGAGGAGAGUUUGAGCUUCGGAAUUUGCAAAAAGCUAGUGCAGUUGAUGCAAGGCAACAUAUGGGUUGUCCCAAAUCAUCAAGGUUUUGCUCAAAGCAUGGCACUUGUUCUUCGGUUUCAACUGCGACCAUCCAUUGCAGUAGCCAUCUCAGAACCUGGAGAAUCUUCAGAGCACCCACACUCUAACUCUCUCUUCAGAGGCUUACAAGUUUUACUGGCUGAUGAUGACAAUGUGAACAGGGGUGUGACGCGAAAACUUCUUGAAAAGCUAGGUUGCAUUGUCACUGCUGUUUCUUCUGGAUUUGAAUGCCUUAGUGCUAUUGGCCCUGCAGGCUCUUCUAUCCAAAUCGUUUUAUUGGAUCUUCACAUGCCCGAGUUGGAUGGGUUUGAAGUUGCAAUGAGAAUUCGGAAAUUUCGUAGCCGUAGUUGGCCACUGAUCAUUGGCUUGACAGCAAGUGCUGAUGAAGACAUGUGGGAAAGAUGUAUGCAUAUUGGAAUGAAUGGAAUCAUUCGGAAACCAGUUCUGCUGCAGGGUAUUGCCAACGAGCUUAGAAGAGUCCUGAUGCAGGCAAACCAAGUUCUAUGAUGAGUCUGAUGAGACAGGCCGUAAGUUAUGAGAAUUGCAGCUGUCAGAAUUCUUUCGCAUCUCUUCGGGUUCAUGAUAAAAUAAGCAAACAACUUUAUUUGGCUCCCCCAGUACCCGUACAAGCUUCCAGCACAGAGAUGUUAUUAUACACAACAUUCAUAGUCAAAAUGCCAUACAAAAUUAGGUCACUUCAUUGACGUACCUCUACGUGUUUGAGUUUUGUUGUAUUGCAUAGAUAGUUUCGUAUCUAAUCUCAGGUAAUUAAAACUAUCUUCAAUACACCCUUCUAAUUUUUUCUAAAGUAUCUUGGAAAGUGUAUGAAGUUGGUUUGCAGGUUUUUCAUACAAGCGAUAGAGCAGCUAGGAGACAUUACCGUACAAUAUCUUGAGCAAAAUAUGCUACUUUGGAAUGUUUGUUGACGGGUAUCUGAAAAUGAACCAAAAUGUAUAGUUAUCUUUGCAGAAA